AUGGAUGAAAAUGGAUCUAUCUAUGUUGCUGACAAUGAAAACGACGAAGUUGUGCAAUAUGAUAUUGGAGACAAUGAAGAAACAAUAGUCGCUGGUGGAAAUGGAAAAAGUGAUGAUCUCAAUCAAUUGAAUUAUGAUGCAACCGAAGGCAUAGUCAUUGCUGGUGGUCCAGAAAGCUGCUAUGGUCUUUCGCAGUUACAUUAUCUUCAAGAAAUUAUUGUAGAACAACUAGGUACUCUCUAUGUGACUGAUUGCUUAAACGGACGAGUAAUGCGUUGGUGCAAAGACGCUACACAAGGUGAUAUAAUUGCAGGUGGAAUCGGUGACGGAGAAGAAGCUAAUAAAUUAUCAUUAGUCAAUGGUUUAGUAUUUGAUAGUCAAGGUAAUCUCUAUGUUGUUGAUGCAGGGAACGCUUGUGUACAAAAAUUCAAUAUCACCUGA